AUGUCACUUAAAUUUCGCCUCAAGAUAGUUCUUAAAAAUUGCGUAGAUGGAGAGAUCGGCGGAACAGUUUACAGCACUAGUGUGGCUGAAAAAGCAGUACGAGAAAUCAAGAAUGCAGAAGUUACUGGCGUAGUUGAUCGUCAUAAAAAUGGCGAAAAUAUCGAUGAGACGGCAGAAGUAGGCGGAGACGGAAAGGUCAAAGAAUUGUCUGGGAAAAAAGUUAUAGAAAUUACUUGGGAUGAAAAUAAUAUAGGCGAAAAUAAGAAAGAGGGAGAUUUAAUAACUUUCGAAAAAGAUGAAAAACAAUUAAAAAACCUUUAUCUUGAGUUAGAAAAAAAAGAAGGCAAUACUAUCCAACAUAUAUUAAGCCAUCUAAUACCUCGUCUAGAUAAAGUAAUUUUUCGUUCUGUAGAACCCAAUGAUGUUAUCAGUUUGAGAGAAAAAACGCGAGACAACAAAUUAAUUCAACAGCAACUCCAACAAAAUGUUAAGACCCCCGAUUUUUUGAAAUUAGAUAAAGAAAAAUUAGAAAUUACUUAUCUUCGCCAUCCUUCAAUGGAAGAAUUAGAAAAAGAAGUUGAAGGAAUCAAUAUUGCUUCAGUAGUAGCAUGA